UGGAUAAUCAAAGUACAAAUUGCGAUAAGCGGAUCUGCAGACAGAACUGAUAGCUAGGCAGCACAGGGUGAGGGUCGGAGUUAGGCUAGAACAACACCAUGGCAGCCCAUCGGGAGAAAAAAUCUGAAGAAAGAAAUCACAAAAGUGCCCAAAAUGGUGCUCAGGCUCCUCAGGCACAGUGGGGAAGAGCAUGGGAGGUAGACUGGUUUUCCUUGGCAAGCAUUCUUUUCCUACUCGCAUUUGCACCACUUAUCGUGUAUUACUUCAUCAUGUCCUGCGACCAGUACCAGUGCUCUCUGACUGAUCCACUCAUCAACUUGCUCAUGGGGAAUAAACAUCUGUCUGACAUCUGGAACAAGACUCCUUCUCUGACUUACACAGCUGUUGGCAUCUAUGCUGCUUGGGUUGCUUUCCAGGUGAUUUUGUAUGUGUUUGUUCCUGACUUCUGCCACAAGUUUCUUCCUGGUUAUGUAGGAGGUGUACAAGAAGGUGCUGUCACUCCUGCUGGUGUAGUAAAUAAGUAUGAAGUCAAUGGACUCCAAGCUUGGAUCAUUACCCACGUACUUUGGUUUGCAAAUGCCUAUUAUUUCCACUACUUCUCACCUACCAUCAUUUUUGACAAUUGGAUUCCUCUCCUGUGGUGUGCCAAUAUCCUGGGAUAUGUGGUUUCCACAUUUGCGAUGAUUAAAGGCUACUUCUUCCCUACUAAUGCCAAAGAUUGCAAAUUUACUGGCAACUUCUUUUACGACUACAUGAUGGGGAUUGAAUUUAACCCUCGAAUAGGGAAGUGGUUUGAUUUCAAGCUGUUCUUCAAUGGACGCCCUGGUAUUGUAGCCUGGACUCUGAUUAACCUUUCGUAUGCUGCUAAACAGCAGGAGCUGUAUGGUCACAUAACCAACUCAAUGAUCCUUGUUAAUGUCCUUCAGGGUAUUUAUGUUUUGGACUAUUUCUGGAAUGAAGCCUGGUAUUUGAAAACCAUUGAUAUCUGCCACGAUCAUUUUGGAUGGUACUUGGGCUGGGGAGACUGCGUUUGGUUGCCUUACCUCUACACUCUGCAGGGUUUAUAUUUGGUUUACCACCCUGUGCAGCUCUGCACAGCUAAUGCCAUCGGGAUCUUGGCGUUGGGCUUGGUUGGCUACUAUAUCUUCAGAAUGACAAACCACCAGAAAGAUCUCUUCCGCCGUACCAACGGCAACUGCAAGAUAUGGGGCAAAAAGCCCAACUACAUUGAGUGCUCCUACAUGUCUGUGGAUGGGACCAAGUACUACAGCAAGCUGCUGACCUCAGGGUUCUGGGGGUGGGCACGCCAUUUCAACUACACUGGAGAUCUAAUGGGCUCCCUGGCCUAUUGUCUGACCUGUGGGUUUGAACACAUCUUGCCUUACUUCUACAUUGUUUAUAUGACUAUUCUGCUAACUCACCGUUGCAUUAGGGAUGAACACCGUUGUUACAGCAAAUACGGGAAAGACUGGAAACGCUACACUGCUGCAGUACCCUACCGGCUCCUACCAGGGCUGUUUUAAGGUGACACAGAAUCUGAGGGAAAUAAGCUUUCUUCUAAAUGAAAAGAGCUUAUUUGCACAGGUAAACUAACAAAAAAACGUUGGAAUAGACACCAUUCUCUGGGGAACAAAAGGUGCCUGGAAAACUGUCCUUAAUGUACUGAGGGAACAUGCUUCUGGUAAGCAGGCAGACUGCGUAAAGAAAAUGAAACAAGGCACAGAAUUGGCCUUUUUAAUAGACAUCUCCUGAAAGGUCUGUUUUACCAGGAACUCUUCUUUCCUCUCUCAGAACUACCUUGGAAUUGAAGAAAAUUUGCAUGCAUUUAGACUACAGAAAUCUCUCCAGUGCUGGGAGGAGGCCUCAAUCUUCACAGCAGCCAAGUACUUGAAGGCAGUUACCAGUGAAUUAGAGGAGGAGGGAAAUAAUGGUGUGAUCGCUUCAGGAAAGGAACAGUAUGGUUGCUUGUGACAGUUAUAACCUUCAGUGGGUAAUGUUCUGAAGGAGUCUGGGUUUGCUUUCAAGAGGUUAACGUGGGAAAUAUCUAAACUGGUGUUUUGGAAGAUUGGUGUAAUCUGACUCACAAGUAUUUGUGCAGGCUAAUGUAAGUUGGUAUGGCUCAAUAAUUCCAUUGGCACUGGAGAUACGUGGUCUGUGACCAAGCGGUUAUUACUGUCAUACUGAAACUAAACUUGCUUUUUGAAGAUACGGAGUAUAGGUUGAUUUCUUUACUGUGGAUAGAAAACUUUGUUCACUGUCAUUUUUAUCUAAAAUAAUGUUUGAUGUUUGUAAUAGUUUGAGAAGUAAAAGCUUAGUUUGAAGACAAGUAAAAAAAAAAAAUACAGCCAAUUUUCCUUUCAGCUGUUUCUUUUCUUGUUAAUAGUUAUCUUUCAAAGUUACAGGAUUCAAGAGGAGCUCUUGGAAAAUACAGUCCAAGGAGCAAAUUCAAGAAUGCAGAAGUGAAGCACAAACAAAAAGGGAGGAUCAGAAUAUACCAACUAUGCUUGUAAUGAGUUUGGUAGCUGUGUUCACAUAAAUACACCAUUUUUUAUAGUAAGUAGAGAACUAUAUGAACUGAUUUCUUGUAGGCGAUGCUGAAUGCACUGGCAGAUAUGAAUGAGAUGUGUUGGAAUGCCUUUUAGUUCUGUUGCAGUGUUCCUGAAGGGAUGGCUUUCCCAGGUGAAAAAGGAUUUCUCCAGUUCUCGAGAACAAAUGCAGCAUGAGGUUGGGCUGUGUCUCAGGGCAGGAUUUACAAGUGUGUAUAGAGAUGCCUUUGUGGAGAAACCUGACUCUAUCACCAAUACUAUCUCUAGGCCUGAUAACUGUUGUGUCAUUGGCAGAUAGUCAUGAAAUACUUUGGUGUGUAUUGAAGCUGAGUUAGGAGUAGCUGUAUCUGAUCAUUUCUGCUCUCUAAUUCUAAAGCAUUCCUGUGGAGUGAAAAAACUUAUGUUAUGAACCUUAACAGUUUGCCAAGGGGCAGUGCUUGUAAUACAUCAGAGCACUUGUUUUGGAGGAAGGGGAGUUAGAGUGUAGGAUGCAAGGGCUGGUGGAGCCCAUCGGUUGCUGGCACCUCACUGCUUAUGCUGACCCAGAUUUUGCUGGAGUAAUUGGAUAGUUUCUUGUCUUGACUUGCCUGAGACCACACCCUUAUAUCCUUUUCUUGAAUAGUAGCCUUGGAAUUUGUACUGACAGCAUGCUGAUAAUGCCAAGGCUCUUUAAAUAUUGUGAGAUAAUCUGAGCUCUAAAUCAUGGUAGCCUUGCACCACAUGGCAUGUUCCUGUCUUUUCACUGAUAAGUCCUGGAUGACCAAUGGAAGAAAUUGCCCAAUUAAGGCCAAUUAAAAAAUAAAAAAUCAACGUUUAAAAAAUAAAAUUGGGGUAAUUUGAAGUGAAAGAGCAAUACUGCUGCAUGUGAGAAUUCUGUGGGAGAGUGUUAAGCUCAGGGUAGGAAGCAAUUGGUUGUGAGGUUUUUCAAGCAAGGGGCCAUCACUGGGUUAAACUCACAUCCUCUCUGAUGUAAGCAUGACAGAUCCUGGCUCUUCAGGCUUUCCUGCUUUCCAUACGCAGUUUCAUGUCUGUUUUGAUGACUGCAUCAGAAUGAACUAUGUGUGUAGAGGGAUUUACAUCUGGCUGGAAAAGGAAGUGGUAACUGCACCGAGGCUUAUACUUCUUAUACAUAAGUGAUCCUGGGGGGAGCGUUAAAAAGAAUUAUCAGUUCUGUAAGCUUCCUGCUAACGUGAAUGUCAGCAAUGCUCUAAGCCACGUGCAACUGAUGUCAGCCUUUAAAACUGAAUCAUUAAAAAGACAAUUGAACGUA